AUGCGUGCUCUUUCAUGCCUGGCCUGCACGGCCUUGAUCUCCGCUGCAACAGCCACCAUCGUCGCUUCAAACGACGUUCCUCUCAUUGGCCCUUCUUUUCUCCCUAAUUUUGAUAUCUCUAAGAGUGAGUAUAUCGGUGAAGCCAAAGAGCAGUUCCCAUCACUACUCAAAAAAGCCUUCGAGUCCAAUGUUCUGAACAAGACCGACCUCAUUUUCUCUGUCGAUGUCUUCUCCGCCGCCACCAACGACUCCCUCUACAGCUAUUACCAUGUCGGUGAAACCUACAAGGAUACGCUUACCAAGGGCAAAUUGACCGAAAACACUAUCUUUCGAACAGGCAGUGUUAGCAAAAUGUUCACAGUAUAUGCCAUCAUCGCCAAGGCGGGCAUCAGAAUCUUGAGUGAACCUGUCACUGUCUUUCUCCCAGAACUUCUCGGAAACUCAUCCAGCAAUCCAAUUGAGAGAAUUGACUGGAGUGAGAUAAGUGUGGGAGCACUUGCUUCACACCAGGCUGGCUCAAGUGGUCCUGGUGGUUACUUUGCAGCAUUCCCGAACACUACUGGGAGUGAUAGACGCGAGUUCCUUGAGUAUAUGCGCGACACCCAGCUUCCGACAACCGCACCUUAUCGAAGUGCGCUCUAUUCCGAUGCUGGAUACGGUGUUCUGACGCUAAUCCUCGAACGCCUUACCGGCGAGGAGUACAAGGAUGCAGUGAAGAGCGUACUUUUCAAACCUCUCGGGAUGAAUUCUUCUUCUUCUGUCAUUCCAAAUGGCACAGACGUCGAUGCUGUGGAUCGCACAGGGCUUGGUUCAUGGGGUGCAGACAUUCCAAUUGUCGCCGGAUCCGGUGGUAUUUAUUCGUCUCCCAAAGAUCUCCGAACCGCUGGUCUCUCAAUUCUAAACUCUGAACUGCUCUCUCCCGCUGUGACCAGAGAAUGGAUGAAGCCUCGAAGUGGCACAGGCACAUUGGUGGAACUUGUUGGUGCACCCUGGGAGAUCACCCGUCUCACUCUACCCACCGGACCGGGAUCAAACCGCACGCGUAUCUCCGACCUCUACCUUAAAGCAGGAGGAAACGGAGAUUAUACCUGCAUCUUUGCUCUCUCACCAGACCACGGUGUUGGGUUUUCGCUUAUGCUUGCUGGCGACACUGCUUCUGCCGCACGAUGGCCACUCCGUAAUUUGGUGGGCGAGUUAUUCAUCACAGCUUCUGAGUACGCCGCGGCAGAAAGUGCUGAGAAGAAUCUCGCCGGCACUUUUGUCGUAGAAGGUUCCGAAACCACAAACAUCACGCUUGACGUCACAAAAGGAGAGCCCGGCCUCAAUAUCACAUCCUUCUACUUCGAAGGUGAGGAUCAACUAGCCAAUGUCACAUCAUCACGUCUAUACCCUACCGGUCUUUACUCCAACUCCCGAUCCUUGGCGGCUCAGUAUAACAUCAAAGGCAAAGUCUCUGCAGCUUUCCGACAGGUAUCCGGACUUCCGAGGCCCCCGCCUGCGCGUGCUGCUGUGGAAGGUGGAAAUGGUGGACUCUUCGACAACACCUUUUCCUGGAUGAAUGUUGGAUUUUCUGGGGGAGUUGAUGAGUUUAUCUUUGAUAUAGAGAACUCGAAGGUGGUUAGCAUCACGAACCCGGGCUAUGAAGUCAAGUUUGUUAGGGCAGAUGAAUAG